AACAAUCCUGAAGAAAGAGAGAGAAAGGAAGAAACCCCACAAAAUCCCUUCUCUCUCUCUCCUCCAAUUUCUUCUGCAAUGGAUUUUCAGGUGGUGGUCUUAGCCGGAGGCACCUCAAAGAAUCUCGUCCCUAUUGUCUCCAAGGAGGUUCCGAAGGCGCUGCUUCCGGUGGCGAACCGGCCGGUUCUCUCUUACGUUCUGGAGCUCUUGGAACUCAAUAACCUCAAGGAUCUCAUUGUUGUGGUUGAAGGGGAAGAUGCAGCUCUUCGUGUUGGUGGUUGGAUAUCCGGAGCUUAUGUUGAUCGUUUACAUGUUGAGGUUGCAGCAGUUCCUGAGGAUGUAGGAACAGCUGGUGCAAUCCGGGCAAUUUCCCAUCAUCUGACGGCAAAUGAUAUUUUGGUUGUGAGUGGUGAUAUUGUUUCUGAUGUUCCUCCUGGUGCAGUGGCUGCUGCUCAUAGACGGCAUGAUGCAGUAGUAACAGCAAUGCUUUGCUCUACUCCUGUGAGUGGACCUUUAGAGUCAGGAUCUUCUGGCGGGAAGGACAAAACCAGGAAAACUGGACGCUACAACCUGAUUGGGUUGGACCCUACAAAACAGUUUUUACUCUACAUAGCAACUGGAGCAGAACUUGAGAAGGAUAUUCGAAUUCAGAAAAGCAUACUACGUGCAGCCGGGCAGAUGGAAAUUCGAGCAGAUCUCAUGGAUGCUCAUUUAUAUGCAUUUAAGAGGUCUGUUUUGCAGGAAGUUCUUUAUCAAAAGGAGACAUUUCAUAGUUUGAGGCGAGAUGUGUUGCCUUAUCUAGUCAGGAGCCAGCUGAGAUCGGAAGUAUUGUUGAACGAUGUACCACAACCUGAAGAAAAUGGAAAUGGGAAGGUUGGUUCCCAGACUAACCAACUAAUCCAGUCUCAGAUCCUGGCUAAUGCAUCAAAACCAAGUUUUCAUCAACUCUAUGCUGUGGGUCCUAAUGGAUCUGAUCCUGUCCGAAGGACUCAUAAAUGCUGUGUCUAUAUAGCUAGCAGCAACAACUACUGUGCUCGAUUAAACUCCAUCCAAGCAUUCAGUGACAUUAACCGAGACGUCAUAGGAGAGGCCAGGAAUUUGUCAGGGUAUUCUUUCUCUGCCCAAAAUAAUAUCAUCCAUCCUUCAGCAGAGCUUGGAUCUAAAACAACUGUGGGACCAUAUUGUAUGCUGGGGGAAGGUUCACAAAUGGGUGACAAGUGCAGCGUAAAGCGAUCUGUUAUUGGCCGUCACUGCCGGAUAGGUUCUAAUGUGAAGGUUGUUAAUUCAGUUGUCAUGAAUCAUGUUACCAUUGGGGAUGGCUGUUCCAUUAAUGGUUCAGUGGUUUGCAGUAAUGUCCAGCUCCAAGAGCGAGUUGUAUUGAAAGAUUGCCAAGUUGGAGCAGGCUUUGUGGUCACUGCUGGCAGUGAGUGCAAAGGAGAGGCCUUGGCUAAGAAAGAGAAAUGAGUAUAUCGGUGGGGACUUCAGCUAGGGACAGGCAUGUAUAUCUCAUUUUUAGCUUGUGCUUCGUAGUUUCCAUGGUCAGGGCAGAUUUUUUUUGGUGACUUCUUGCAGAUAGCAUGGUGCAAUACCCUUUGCGAGUUCGAAGAAAACUAGUCUUGAUGAGUGUACUUUUUUAUGCCCUUUUUCUCGACCUUGAUCUUCUGGCAAUUGUAUCACAAUUAGUUAGGGUUUAUUCUGUCUCUUUUGGAAGCGAUUGGACAAAAUAGUCUCAGUUUUGCUAGACAAUCUCCCUAUCUAAAAUGCUUUAUGAAUUAUGAGGGGUAAAGUUUUGAAUAGAAAGCGUUUCUUAUUGUCAUCGA